AUGGAUGACUCAAACUACAACGCAAAUGCCACGUCACCGCCAGCAGAAUCAACCAUUGGACUACAAGACGUUCUUUUCAACAUCGCUAUAGGGUUCAUUGGCGCAAUCGGUAUUAUCGGUAACGGGACAGUUUGCUUUGUAAUAGUGAAGGUGAAAUCUAUGAGAACUGCAACAAAUAUACUGAUUUUAAACCAGUCUAUAUUGGAUCUUACUAUUUCACUUGUAUUCGUACUUAGUUAUCUUGGGCCGACAAUUGAUCCGUUAUCUGAUACAUUUAGAGAAACUGUCUUCUGCAAAUUCUGGUUAUCACUUUAUCCUCUAUGGUCGUUAUUCGAUUCAUCCUCUCUGAACCUCGUUGCCAUCACGUUUGAACGUUAUUUUGCUAUCGUCCACCCUGUUAUGCAUCACAACAAAUUUAAAGGAAGUGGUGUCCGUGGCGUCAUUGCAGCCAUUUGGCUUUCUGGGUUUUCGAUUGAAUGGUUCUGGCCGUACGUACAUUUUAUUGACAACGGUGUAUGUACAAAUCAUUUUAAUGAUAAACACCUGGAACGAUUCGUCGGAUUAAUGGUGUUCUUCGUGGAAUACUUAUUUCCGAUGACGGUUUUUAUUUACUGUUAUGUCAAGAUUUUCAUUGUGUUGAGAACCCGCGUGAAGGAACACGCCACUAAUACUGUUGCAUCGAACCAAGGAAGCACGUAUACUAAAGCAUCACAAAACGUCACAAAGACCCUGUGUGUGGUGGUCAUAACAUAUUUUGUGUGUUGGACGGUGCCAUCUCUAGCAUAUUUUCAAAACUGGGUAUUUGGCGGGCCACUCGAUUGGAACGGAGCAUUUUACAAAUUCACGGUGCUGUCUGUGUUUUGCAAUGUAUGCUGUAAUCCUAUUAUAUACGGACUGAUUUGGGAGCACUUCAGAAAGGCUCUUAAGCAAGUGUUCGCCUGUAAAAAGAGCAAUAAAAUAAGCCCGGAGCAAAGUGUUGCCACGGUUACACGGGCCUAA